CACACACAGUCCUGGGGCAAAGGAUACCCCCAUAUCCUCACGCAGUGUUUCAAGGAUGGGAAGCCCACCGGAGAAUUUGGACCAGUUGAUCCAUCAAGGAAUUCCACCUACGACUUCAUGAGAGCUCUAUUCAACGAGGUUACGAGUAUGUUCCCGGAAAACUACCUUCAUCUCGGAGGAGAUGAGGUUGAUUUCGCCUGCUGGCAGUCAAAUCCAAACGUCACAACUUUUAUGGAGCAAAUGAAAUUUGGUCAGGACUAUAAGAAACUGGAAAGCUACUAUAUUGCUCGACUACUGUCAACUUUGCAAAGCCUACCGAGUUCGGAAAGGAGAUUGAGACCGGUAGUUUGGCAGGAGGUGUUUGACAACGCACCGGAAGUUUCCAAGGAUGUGACGGUUCAUGUUUGGAUCGAUUCGCACUGGGAUACGGAACUCAGAAAGAUCACUGCGGCCGGUCAUGAGGCUGUUUUCUCCGCCUGCUGGUACCUCAACGUAAUAGGCUAUGGUGAAGACUGGCCAAAGUACUAUACCUGCGACCCCGGGACUUUCACAGGUAAAUCUAAAAUGCAUGAUACCAACUACCAAGAAAAGCAAAAAAGAUUGUCAAGUUACAAUCCACAUUGCGCUUCUCCUUAA